AUGAAACACAAAGCAUGGCUGGCCCUGGGGGCAGCCACCGUAGCAGCCCAUCAAGACUGCGACCCCCACGUCCCAUCACAACCACAAGACGCGCGCCGCAUUGAAAGAUACAUAACACAAGUCUACCCCGUCAACCAUCAAAAGCAUGCCACCAACACACAUCAAUUGAAACAAACCUUCGAGGCCCUGCACUACUUCUACGCACCUACAAGAGACAUACUGGAGCCGGCGCGACACCUAAACACGGACGCGGCCCCGCGCCUGCCCUACCUCCCGAGUGGCGCGUAUUAUUCAGCGCCGCACAACCACUCGCGCUUUACGGGUUGGAUCGCUUCCGCGUCCGCGGAGCGCUGGUGGCGCGUCUCCGAAGAAAACCACCCUCCCAAGUUCAAGCGGCCUCCAUUAAACACGGUGCGCCACCGAAACGCCUUGAGGAGCGCAGCUGGACGGGCGUCGACGAUCGGUUCAAGAUUUGGCCCGGCGCCGUCGUGGACCUCACCAUUGGCUUUAGUGAAGUACCCCUUCCCGCUCGAUGGCAGUGAUUGGACGCGGCGUGACCUACUGAAAGCGUCGCAUGAUACGACGCUGGAUUUGAAAAGUAGCUACGUGGAAGUCGAGCAGUUCGGCGGCCCGCGGUGGGCCGCGCCGGGCGCGCACGUGGCCUGCCCGCCGGUCUGCGGCACCUGGGCGAAUGUCUGGCGGGGCACGGGCGUCUUUUUGAGGUUGAACCGGCCGCUCGUCGCGGUCAAUCGCCUUGCUGCGGUCGUCGACCUCGUCACGCAAGUGUCGUCGAAGGCGGGCGGGAAAGUUGUGUUGGAGAGUUUCAUGCGCCAGUCGCCUCUCUUGGAAGCGAAAGUUAGGUUACUACAAAGAGCGCCGCGGUAUGAUGGUGGAAGAAGGCGGCGGCACGGCGCCUCAAUAGGAGACGCCGUCGCUGCCGCGGCGGCGGACGGCGGCGGCGGUCUAGGAUGUGUGUGUUUGCGGGAGCCGCCGAUCUGCUCGAAGAAUUGUUUUAAUGCGACCGAAUACGCCUACGACUACGUGCGUGUGGACGGCGCCCUGCGGCGGCUGGGCGUGGCUGGUUUUCUUGAAAGGGUGAGAGAAGGCCGCGCAGAAGACUGGUGCGCAAACGUCUGCGGGACGGGGGCCUACUACCAUCAGCAGAAGGCGCCGUGGGCGGCGCUCGACGCGAUGCUCGUUUCAUUAUCUUGUCUCGUGGGCUACGACGCUGUUGUGUUAACUAGGUCGCCGAACGACAACGGCUUGGUGCAUCAAGAAUUAGUGGACUUUGACGUGCCGGUGGCAUUGGGCGGCUGGGGUUCGCCGCCUGAUGGACAACUCAAUGAUUGGGAUAAAUGUAAGGCGCCCUUCUCGAAUCUCCCGGCCGACGCCGACGCGCUGUUACUAGAGCACUGGCACGCUACGAACAAGUGGGCGCUCGGCGACGUCGCUCGAAAACAAUUCGCGCCGUGCAGCAUUGGAGACCCCGGCGGCGACGCGUGGACGUCGCGGCUGGGAAGAGAUAGAUGUAGAGGGGGCAAGGGCCGGACGCGCCGCCGCGGGGCGGACGUCGACCGCGCCUGCUUUCUGACGUGCCGGGGGCACGUGUCCGAGGCACACGCGAACGUGUCGCUGACCCAGGUCCUGCGGGACGACGUUGUGCUGUGUGAGGAUUAA